CUGCUGACUGUCUGCAAUACAUGCGCAAAGGCAGUGCAUUGAUUAAGAUGCACACAGGAAGAAAACAGUGUAGAACCUUCUACUUGGAUGACCAGAUGCGUUGCAUACGAUGGAUUUCCAGUAGCAAAAGACACGCAAGGGCACAGAUUCACCUUACUGAGCUUCAUGAUGUACAGCUUGGUUGCUCCACAAAAUCCACCCAUUCGUUGAAUCGCCGGCGUCAUUCUAGCCUGGCACCUGGAUCAAACCAAUCCCCGUCUUCCAACAGCACAAGCAGUAUGCAAUUUGCAAACAAUGCUGGAUCGUCUCGGACUAUUUCUGGUUCUCAAUCAUGGACCAACACGUUACCCCCGCCUAGUAGUGCAGUUCGACUAACCCUAGCCUCAUGUGCUUUCACCAUCACUUAUGGGCCAGACUUUGAGACACUUGAGUUGCUAGCCAAUAGCCCAGAAGAGGCAAAUAUUUGGGUCACUGGGUUGAAGUGCCUCAUGACCGGUGCUCAAG